AGCCGCAUAUUCACCAUGGCGCAUGCUCUCAAACUCCUCUUUGCUCUCCUCCUCUGCAUCUUUGUACAAGCUCGAUCUGACCUAGGUAAGAGCGACCCUUGUGCUCUCUCGAGCAUUGAGGUUCAGCAGAUGAACACGGGACUGAUGGCCGGCUACGAUCCGGUAUUCGAGGUGGAGGUGAAGAACGGAUGCGGAUGCUCAGUGGCACGCGUUUAUUUGUACUCUAGAGGAUUUGCGAGCUCAACGCCCGUCGACCCAUCACUAUUUCGGCGGGACGGGGUCGGCUACCUCGCGAACGAGGGCCAGAGCAUCGCCAGUGGCGCAUCCGUGAAGUUCCGUUAUGCGUGGGAUAGGCCUUUCCAGAUGGGUCCUGAGAACAGGCAUGUUGAAUGCUGAUGAAAAAUUAUAGUAAAGACGACGACGAUGACGACGACGACGACUAUUAUGAUAAUUGCUGUAGCUGUUGUUAGAAGUGAGAAACUAGGGUUGUAGUAGAAAGUUGGAAAGUUUAGUGUACAUGUAAGGUUUUUCGAUGCUGUCAACUCCUAUAAUAUCAUGGCAUCUCAUGUUCCACAUUAUCAAAUGAAUUUGAUAACAAACCUAUGGUUAUAUGUCAUUUUCUUGUUUUGGUUUUGUAAUUAAAGGUAAGGAUUAAAGUGCGGUGGCAUAGAAAUGUGUCGCUAUUUGUCUGGUACGGUACAGUAUAUAUAUGUUUUCGUGCCGACAUGUGGCAAAUUUGUGUACCGAUGAAUAUGCAUUGCCUACU